AUGUCUGCCGUUCUCGGCCGGGAAGAAGAGGCCAAAACGUUCAAAUACGAGUCUGAUAUCACUCGUCUUAGAUCACUUGUCAUUCAUUCCCUCUACUCCCACAAAGAUGUCUUUCUCCGUGAACUCAUCUCCAACGCCAAUGAUGCCCUCGAGAAGCUCCGUCUUACUGCCUUGACUGAUCGAUCUGUCAUGUCCUCGGGCGAAGCCAACAUCACUAUCGAAGUCGUCCUUGAUGAAGAUGGACAGGGAAAGACGGGCCAGAUUAUCAUCAGGGAUACUGGUAUCGGUAUGACCGAUGAGGAGAUGUCCAGGAACUUGGGGACUAUUGCCAGGAGUGGGACCAAUGAGUUUUUGAAGAAGGCCGACGAAGGCAAAGUAGACAGUAACCUCAUUGGGCAAUUCGGCGAGUCUAGCUGUCUUGGUUUCUACAGUUGUUUCCUUGUUUCCCCGACCGUCCGAGUGUCUUCCCUUCCUCCGCCGACUAAAGAGAAUCCUCGACCCACGCAGUAUACAUUUGUAUCCGAGGCAUCUGGCGACUCUUUCCAGAUCUUCACCGACCCUCGGGGUAACACUCUCGGACGAGGUACAGAGAUUAUCCUUACUAUCGGCGAAGAUGAGAAGGAGUGGUUGUCUGUCGCGAAAUUGAAGGGCCUCAUCGAGAAGCAUUCAUCCUUCUCCACCACCUUCCCCAUCUACGUCAAGGAGCGCAAGGUCAGCCAAGUUCCCAUCGAGUCCGACGACGACUUUGAGGACGAAGACGACGAAGCCAAGCAAGAGAAAUUCGAGAAUGUCGUCGAAGAGAACUGGGUUCACGUCAACGACCGUCCUCCUAUCUGGAUGCGAGAACCCAAGGAAGUCGACGACGAAGAGUACAAGGCCUUUUACAAGGCCGUCUCGAAGGAUCCCUUUGCCGAAACCCUUGGGUGGAGCCACUUCAAGGCUGAUACCGGAGAUGGAGUCUCGUUCCGAUCCAUCAUGUACAUCCCAUCCAGCUUGCCCAAAGACUUUUGGCAAAAGAUCACCAGCGGGAUUGACAACGUGAGGUUGAUGGUCAAGAGAGUCUUCAUCACAGACAACUUGGGAGAAGAGUUUAUGCCUCGAUGGUUGAGCUUCCUCAAGGUGACGGUUGAUGCCGAUGAUCUUCCUCUGAACGUCUCGCGAGAAACUCUCCAACACACCCGCUUCCUCUCUCAGCUCCAGCGUAUCCUCAUCCGCAAAGCCAUCGAUCUCUUCACCAAACUCGCCAACGACCAGCCAAAAGCAUUCGAGGAAGUGUCCAAGCUCUACGGCAACGCCCUUCGAUUGGGUGUCAUGGAGAGCAAGAAGGACCAUGUCAAGCUGGCCAAGCUUUUGAGGUUUGAGAGUACUCGAAGCAACUACACGAGCCUGGAGGAGUAUGUGGAGAAUAGGAAGGAGGGACAGACACAGAUCUAUUACAUGGCCGGCGUUGGUGAGCGAGCAGAGGACCUCAGGCGUUCGCCCUUUGUCGAGAAGCUCAUCGCCCGAGGCUACGAGGUUCUUCUGCUCAACUUGCCCUCUGACGAGCCUAUGAUGGGUGCCCUCAACAACUUCAUGGGUAUGAAGACUCAGGACGUUUCUAAGAAGGGUCUGAAAUACGGCGAUGAGGAUGAGGAUGAAGCCGAAAAGAAGGAGCUCGAAGCCCAAAAGAUCACUUUUGGCGUUCUGAUCAGCUGGCUCAAGAAAGAACUCAAGGGUCAAGUCAAUGAUGUCGUCCUUACCAAUCGCCUCGUCACCUCCCCGUGCACCAUCGUGGUCGACCACAUGGGAUGGUCCGCCAACAUGCAGCGAAUCAUGGCCGCCCAAGCCGACGCUCAAGAGGACCCCAUGUACCAGGCGAUGAAGAACCUUCCCAAGGUGCUCGAAAUUAACCCGAAAUCGCCACUUGUCGAGGGACUCUUGGACAGAGUCCUGGAGCUGACUGGGUCUGGAGAGGACGAUGAGGAAGGAACGCUGAAGGAGAGCGAGGAGGAAGAAGAGUUGAGGGAGGUCGUGAGGGUGUUGUUGGACACGACUUUGGUCAGAAGUGGCUUCAGUGUGGCUGAUCCUACCAGCUACUUUGACCGGGUAGAGUCUCUUCUCCGAAGAUCGCUCAACAUUGACCUGAACGCUGAAACACCUGCCAACGUUCGGCCCGCUCCUCCGACAGCCAUGGGUCCUCUCGACGAGGAAGGAGUGCCCCACGAAGAUUCAUUCGAGAAUCUCUUUCCGGGGCAGAAUGUUAUGGAAGGCUCCGAGUGGCUGGACUGGGCGGAUAUGAAGAAGCAGGCGGAUGGUGGGCAUGAUGAGCUCUGA